CUGAGGUGCGUCCCCAGUCUCCAGCAGUUCUGAGCUCAAGCAAGCCCCUUCCAUUCAUUCAUUCUCAGAUAUAUACGCCAACCAUGGCUGACGGACCAAAGGCCUUCUCUGACCGCCCGCAGUACUGCCGCGAUGCCACAUGGUACCCGCUCCGAGCCGGGUGGGAUGCUGGGUGGUGGCGGCAGCAGCAGCAGCAGCAGCAACAGCAACCGGGCUACAUCCCCCCCAUGCAGCAGCAACAGAUGCAGCAGCAGCAGAUGCAGCAGCAGCAGCAGCAACCGGGCUACAUCCCCAUGCAGCAGCAGUCACAGAUGCAGCAGCAGCAACAGCAGCAACCGGGCUACAUACCCAUGCAGCAGCCACAGCAGCAGCAGUAUGCCAUGUCCAGCAGCAUGCCUUCUGUCCUGGCACCCGGAGACAUGAUGUGGCUGGAUAGCAUGCUCAUGAAGCUGGCAGCUCUGUCCUCCUGGGCAUGGCCGUGGGGAUGGUACACCUCCUCCUGGUGCCCCCCUCCACAGCCAAGUGCCCCCACCAUGCCUUUGUCCACACCCAUGCCCAUGUCAAUGCCUAUGCCCAUGUCCAUGCCCAUGUCCAUGUCCAUGCCCAUGCCCAUGUCAAUGCCCAUGCCCAUGGCUAUGCCUAUGGCGAUGGCUAUGCCCCCCAAGAUGCAGCGUGAGCUGUGGGCCAAGGCAGCGGCGGAGGCCAGAGCGGAGCAGCAGUACAGGUGGAGAGUCAGCCUGGAUGUACUGCACUUCUUCCCCAGGGAGCUCUCCGUCAAAACUACAGAUGAAUUCGUUCAGAUCAACGGCAAACAUGAGGAGAGACAGGACGAGCAUGGAUUAAUCUCCAGAAGCUUCACCAGGAAAUACAAGCUUCCCAUUGGGAUUGAUGCCCAGACUAUCCGCUCUUAUCUCUCCGGUGAUGGCGUGCUGACAGUCGAGGCACCACUUCGUAAAACCAGCCCUCCUCAGUGGAUCAUCCCUGUUCAGACUGAAAGAGGGUCCCUCGUGCUGGGAGUGGAGAAGAAAGAGUACUCAAGGUCGCAGAGCGGCGCUGCUGAAAGGCAGAGGGAGAGGGACGGUCAGGAAUCUCAGUACGCCGACGACAGCCAGCUCUCUCCCUCGUCCCCCACGAGGCAAGCCUGGAAACCCAUGCAGCAGAGAUCCGUAGAAGGCGGGCGCCAGGGAGACCAAGACUCGGCUGAGUUCAGCACCGGUGCCGGCGGCGAUCACGACUCUCGUCACGUCUUCAGACAGGCAUCGUCCACACAAGAGGAGCAGUUCACAGGCCUAUCUUCUGAGGCAUCGGCCACACCUAACACACUGACCUCAGAACAGGAGGAGUCCAGUGAUGCAGCGGCACAGCAGGAGCAAGAGCAAGUGGAAGGGGACGAGGCAGCCGGGGACGAGGCAGCCGGGGACGAGGCAGCCGGGGAGAGCCGCGAGGAGGGCCUGCUUCGCAGAGACGCUUCCGUAACCGAGGAGAUGACAUCGGAGCAGGAAGCUGUGUCUGAUGGACAGUUCCAGGAGUGUGUCAUGCCCGAACAGGAAGCCAUAUAGAGGCUCAAAGGCCAGGAGGUCACACACAGUAACUUUCUCAGUGUUAAUUCAACACCUAGAGAGUACGGUCAACACUGUGAUUGUUAUAUUUACCGUUAUCUCUCAAAGAGUUAAUUCAAGACCUAAAGUGUACGGUCAACACUGUGAUUGUUAUAUUUACCGUUAGCUCUCCAAGUGUUGAAUUAAGCCUGUGGAAUGGACUGUAUAGGGCUAGCUAGACACACUAGAGAUAUGAUGAUUAUGACAAACGUUUACAUGAUUGCGUCACCCUGGCUUGCCUUGCCUGACUCCUAGCAACCCCAACAACAUCCUUUAUCUGACCUCUCUCUCUCUCAUCAUCAUCCCAGCCCAUUCCAUUCCUGCUUUUCCUGUCACAUGACAUGGCACCUACUGUAACUCUGCAAAC